AUGGAGAAAUCGACAACUACAAUGGGUGACACCGAAUGGCAUGGUGACAAGAAAAACUGGUCGAAUCCCAUUAAACCGUUAGAAGAAAAAUGGAAACUCGUGCCGGCUUUUCUGCAGGUUAAAGGCUUAGUCAAGCAACACAUUGACUCUUUCAAUCAUUUUGUGAAUGUGGACAUUAAAAAAAUCGUACAAGCUAACCAAACAGUGCUGAGCGAUGCUGAUCCUAUGUUUUACCUGAAGUAUCUGGAUGUACGAGUCGGAACGCCGGACAUUGAAGAUGGCUACAAUAUUACAAAAGCAACAACACCACACGAAUGUCGUUUAAGAGACACUACCUACUCUGCCCCCAUAACAGUUGACAUUGAGUAUACACGAGGAGCACAGAGGAUCGUUAGAAACAACUUGUUGAUAGGUCGAAUGCCCGUAAUGCUAAGAUCUUCAAACUGUGUACUCACUGGUAAAUCGGAAUUCGAAUUGGCAAAACUAAAUGAGUGUCCCUUGGAUCCUGGUGGAUACUUUGUUGUAAGAGGACAAGAAAAAGUUAUAUUAAUUCAGGAGCAACUGUCUUGGAAUAAAAUGAUUACGGAAGAAUUUAAUGGAACGGUGCAGUGUCAGGUUACCUCGUCCACACAUGAGAAGAAAUCCAGAACUGUUGUCCUAAGCAAGCAUGGUAAAUACUAUUUAAAGCACAAUUCAAUGGUAGACGACAUUCCGAUAGUUGUCAUAUUCAAGGCCAUGGGAGUAGUUUCAGACCUUGAAAUAAUGUCGCUGAUUGGUACAAGUACGGAAACCCAGAACCGAUUUGCGCCAUCGUUGCUCGAAGCUUUUAAUCUGAAAAUAUUUACGCAACAGCGUGCACUUGAGUACAUGGGAUCGAAACUCAUGGUAAAACGAUUUCAGACCGCUGCUACUAAAACGCCAGCUGAUGAGGCCAGGGAACUUUUAACAACCACAAUUUUGGCGCACGUACCUGUUGAAAAUUUCAAUUUUCAAAUAAAAUCAAUAUAUGUUUCACUAAUGGUUAGGCGCGUGAUGGCUGCGGAGUUGGAUGCUUCCGCUGUGGACGACAGAGAUUAUUACGGAAACAAGCGCUUGGAAUUGGCCGGCUCAUUAAUAUCCCUAAUGUUUGAGGAUUUGUUUAAGCGUAUGAAUUGGGAAUUGAAAAUGAUAGCCGAUAAAAAUAUUCCCAAAGUUAAGGCGGCACAGUUUGAUGUGGUGAAGCAUAUAAGAGCCGCCCAGAUAACUGUUGGAUUAGAGUCGGCUAUAUCGUCGGGAAAUUGGACUAUAAAACGUUUUAAAAUGGAGAGGGCAGGAGUUACACAGGUUCUCUCUAGGCUGAGCUAUAUAUCCGCCCUAGGAAUGAUGACAAGAGUAAAUUCUCAGUUUGAGAAAACAAGAAAAGUAUCCGGCCCACGUUCUUUGCAACCCAGUCAGUGGGGUAUGCUGUGUCCAUCCGACACGCCAGAAGGCGAAGCGUGCGGUCUUGUGAAAAAUCUUGCUUUAAUGACACACAUAACCACUGAGGUUGAAGAGGAGCCAGUAGUACGACUGGCCUUUAACGCAGGAGUGGAGGAUAUUCGUUUGGUCGGUGGGGAUGCCAUUAACAAUUCCAAAGUGUUCCUCGUCUUCAUUAAUGGUAACAUUCUGGGCUUGACAAUAAGUUACAAACGAUUGGUGGAGGUAUUUCGUAUGAUGAGACGUAAAGGUCGUCUAGGACCAUUCGUGUCGAUACAUACAUCCCACACACAAAGGUGUGUUUACAUUCAUACUGAUGGUGGUCGCUUGUGUCGUCCUUACAUCAUUGUCCAUAAGGGUCAACCGGCAGUGAAACAGCACCACAUUGAGGAAUUGAAAAGAGGUAUUCGCAAAUUCGAAGAUUUUCUACAUGAUGGUCUAGUGGAGUAUUUGGACGUAAACGAGGAAAAUGAUUCAUUUAUAGCGUGGAAUGAGAACGACAUUGACCGUGACACAACAACCCAUUUGGAAAUCGAACCCUUUACAUUGCUUGGAGUUUGCGCAGGUCUGGUGCCAUAUCCACAUCAUAACCAGAGUCCUCGCAACACCUAUCAAUGCGCUAUGGGUAAGCAAGCGAUGGGUGUUAUUGGAUAUAACCAAAAAAAUCGAAUAGAUACACUCAUGUAUAAUCUCGUCUAUCCACAAGCCCCAAUGGUAAAAUCGAAAACUAUAGAAUUGACCGGGUUUGACAAGUUGCCGGCUGGUCAAAAUGCUACCGUAGCAGUUAUGAGUUAUUCCGGAUACGACAUUGAAGAUGCACUGAUAUUGAACAAAGCUUCAAUAGAUCGUGGUUAUGGUCGAUGCCUGAUAUACAAAAAUUCAAAAUGUACUGUUAAAAGGUAUGCCAAUCAGACAUACGACCGGAUUAUGGGGCCUAUGAAGGAUGCACUAACGAAUAAGGUCAUUUUUAAACACGAUGCCCUAGAUACGGACGGAAUUGUUGCACCAGGCGAGAUGGUGGUCAAUAAACAAAUUUUAAUCAACAAGGAAAUGCCAGCCGUAACAUCCAUAAAUCCUAUUGAACAGACAGGCCAAAGCUCGCAGAUUUCUUACACAGCGGUACCAAUUUCUUACAAAGGCCCAGAGCCGAGUUACAUUGAGAAAGUGAUGGUGUCGGCAAAUGGCGAGGAAGAUUUUCUGAUCAAAAUUUUAUUGAGGCAAACGAGGCGACCAGAAAUCGGCGACAAAUUUAGUUCCCGCCAUGGUCAAAAAGGCGUGACGGGUCUAAUUGUAGAUCAAGAGGAUUUGCCUUUCAAUGAUUUUGGCAUUUGUCCAGACAUGAUCAUGAAUCCCCAUGGGUUUCCGUCUCGUAUGACUGUGGGAAAAUCACUGGAGCUGUUGGGUGGCAAAGCUGGUCUAUUGGAGGGGAAAUUCCACUAUGGCACAGCUUUUGGGGGCUCCAAGUGCUCCGACAUUCAAGAUGAGUUAUUUAAGAACGGUUUCAACUAUAUGGGUAAAGAUUAUUUCUACUCUGGCAUAACUGGCGAGAGUUUGGAAGCCUACAUUUACUCUGGACCGGUGUACUAUCAGAAAUUGAAGCACAUGGUGCAGGAUAAAAUGCAUGCCAGAGCCAGGGGGCCCAAAGCUGUACUCACUAGACAACCAACCCAGGGUCGGAGUAGAGAGGGCGGUCUACGUUUAGGUGAAAUGGAGCGUGAUUGUUUAAUAUCCUACGGCGCCAGCAUGCUAAUAAUGGAGCGACUAAUGAUAUCAUCAGACGCAUUUGACGUGGAUGUGUGUAAGUCAUGUGGUCGUUUGGCUUACUCUUCCUGGUGCCACUAUUGUCAAUCGUCGGCCAAUGUUUCGAAAAUAUCGAUGCCAUAUGCCUGUAAGCUUUUGUUCCAAGAACUAACAAGUAUGAAUGUAGUGCCUAAACUAAAACUACAGAACUAUUAA